CGACAAUUUGCGGCUCAUAGGAGCAUCAAGAAAUUUGACAGAAAGUCCAUUUUUUUACCAUCAAGGAAAGGGAAUAGAGAAUUCGCAUAACAUUCCUCUUUGAAAAAAGGAAAGAGAGAAAGAAAGAAACUCAGCAUCCAGUGGUUCUCGUUUGCUCUCACUGAAAUUUUUGUCAAUCGACGAAAACCUAGACAAAAUGAUCAUUCCUGUUCGCUGCUUUUCCUGCGGAAAGGUCGUCGGGGACCUCUGGGAACGCUAUCUGCAACUUCUUGACGAGGGUAUUCCGGACGGUGAUGCUAUGGAUCAGUUAGGUUGCAAGCGAUAUUGCUGUCGCAGAAUGAUCAUGACACAUGUUGAUCUGAUUGAGAAACUCCUUCGUUACAAUCCGACAGAGCGAGAGCGGGCUAAAUCGCAAAUAUAAAUUCGGUUUAAGUCGUGGAAUAUCUGUGAUUACGACAGCCCAGUAAUUGAACCCGACACUGCACCCAACCAAAAAUCCAAGCUUGCAGUUUGCGCAUUCUCGAGAUGGCGACUCCUAUAUACGACCCUCGCUUUCAUCUUUGCCACCGUUCAUUCAUCACUUGCGUUGUCGUCCCCAGGGUGUUGAACGUUAGGCUUACCAGGCAUGAAGCCCUAUGAAGCUGGCUAUGAUGCAAAAAAAAUGGUCUUUGGUUUCUUCUAAGCGCAUUUGCAUAUAUGUCACCAGUCAGGCGAGAUACCUUUCAUUUCAGUGAUAUUCACACUAUUCGUGAUUAAUAUUGGCCUUGGCCCUUGGGAGAGGGUCUAUUGUUGCCAUUGAAAAAAUGGCUGCCGGGCUCACCUCUAUGCAUAUGCAUGUCUAAGUAUAAUACAAUUAGGCACAGACACGCUCCCCUUCUCUUCUAUGUAUUUUGUUAUGCUUUUUCUAGCUCAAAAAAAAAA